CUUCAACUCCUUCCUUCAGGCAAAGAGCAAAUUGCCCUAGCCUCCCCCAAUGAAAGCAAACACUAGCCUCCACCAAUAGUUGUCCCCGUCUGUCGGAGUGAGAGACUGCUGCCGCCGUCUGUCGCACUCAAGAACUUCCGUCUUCGUUCUCUCGGGCCUCUCGCCGGAUCCUCCACGUCGGGUGCUCGCAUCUCGCCGUUCUCCUCUGUGCUCGGCUGCUCGCGCCUCCCUUCGCCAGUGAGUGCUCGAGCUGUGCGUGUAGGUUGCUGCUCGUUGUCCGUGGUUGUCUCUGCUCGAUUCUGCCUCCCAGUCUCACUCGAGUCUCGUCUCAGUCACUGGCAUCUCGUGGUUCGUCUGUCUCGUCGCCGGCGGCAGAAGCAGCUCGUGGGGGUGUCUCUUGCUUCGUCGCCUUCCGUGGGGUGGUCGCCGACUCGCCGUCGACCGUUGACCGGUUGGACCAAUAAAUCAGUGAACCAGUAGCUAGAGCGGUUCGAUGACCGGUCCGGUUCUCAGAACCUUGCCUAAUUCUGCAGUGCCGUGAUCACUCACGACCAAGCCUCAACGUCUCUCUUCUCUAGGGUCUCUUUCGCGCCACUCUCUCCCUCAAGCUUUCUCACCUCUCUCACGCCACUCUUGUCUCUGGUGUCUCACUUCUCUGGCAGUCACCGUUUCAGACUCAAGCUCGUCGCGCUGUGUCCUCACCGUCUCAAGCUCAGUCGCCGCCGUUCUGCGCUCGCUUCGACGGCGGCAGAACCAGACGGAACUAGUAUCUGGUCCCUCGGGUGGUGGUCGUUGUCGUCUUCUUGCUUCUGCCGCCAGUUCAGUUGGUCAGCUUCCUUCCUUCGCCGUCAGUUGGUCCGUGGCAGGUGCUGAGACACCCUCUACCUCCUUAUCAUCAAUCAACUUACCGCGUACCGCCACCUGACCUCUCUUUUUCAGCUUCCCCAACUACAAAUUGUUGAUCAUGUCGGAAAAAUUCUCGGCGGUGCUUCGGAUUGGGGACCUCAACGAUUUCAUAGCGCCGUCUCAGGCAUGCAUAGUAUCGCUCAAGGGCUUGAAAGCAAACGCCAACAAGCCCGAUUCCGAGGUUUCAGUUGGCAGAAACAAGCAAGUUCAGUCAGAGCCUGUUAAGAUUUCUCUAAAGGAUUGUUUGGCAUGCAGUGGCUGUGUUACAUCUGCGGAGACAGUUAUGCUGGAGAAACAAAGUUUGGAUGAGUUCUUGUCUAAUAUUAAUAAAGGAAAAGCAGUGAUUAUGUCGGUUUCUCCCCAGUCAAGGGCCUCUCUUGCAGCUCAUUUUGGCAUUUCUCCCCUUCAGGUUUUCAAGAAGCUGACAAGAUUUUUCAAAUCAUUGGGAGUGAAGGCAGUUUUUGAUACAAGUUGCAGUAGAGAUUUAACCCUUAUUGAAUCUUGUAUGGAGUUCAUGUCAAGGUACAAACAGAGUCAACUGUCUGAUGAUGAGAAGAAUAAGUCGAGCCUACCUAUGAUUGCUUCUGCAUGCCCAGGUUGGAUAUGCUAUGCAGAGAAGCAACUUGGGUCGUUUGUUUUACCAAAUAUUUCAAAAGUAAAGAGUCCACAACAAACAAUUGGAGCCAUCAUAAAACACUAUUUAUGCCAAGAUAUGGGGCUUAGGCCUGAAGAAAUUUACCACGUCACUGUUAUGCCUUGUUAUGAUAAAAAGCUUGAGGCUGCUAGGGAUGACUUUGUUUUCCAACCGGAGUCCCAUGAUGAAGGGAGUGGGAAUGAGGAUAACACAAUGACAGAGGUUGAUUCGGUACUCACAACAGGAGAAGUUUUGGAAUUGAUUCAGUUAAAAGAAGUUGAUUUUCAAAGCUUAGAAGAAUCUCCUUUGGAUAGACCGUUGACAAAUAUUAAUGAAGAAGGUUACCUUUAUGGGGUCCGUGGAAGCUCUGGAGGUUAUGCAGAAACAAUUUUCCGAUAUGCCGCUAGAACUUUUUUUGGAAGACAGAUUGAUGGCCCUCUGAACUUUAGAAAUAUACGGAAUUCAGAUUUUCAGGAAGUUACACUUGAGGUGGAGGGGAAAACAGUGUUGAGAUUUGCUCUCUGUUAUGGUUUCCGGAACCUGCAAAAUGUUGUCAGAAAAGUUAAAACUGGUAAAUGUGACUAUCAUUUCCUGGAGAUCAUGGCAUGCCCUUCAGGUUGCUUGAAUGGCGGAGGUCAAAUUAAACCAAAGAAAGGGCAAUCUCCCAAAGAAUUGAGCCAGUUGUUGGAAACUAUUUACAUGGAAAAUGUUUGUGUAGCAGAACCAUUCGAUAACCCCAUCGUAAGAGGCUUAUAUGACAAGUGGCUCGAGCAGCCUGGCUCCAAUAAAGCCAAGAGACACCUUUACACGCAGUACCAUCCCGUCGAGAAAAGUAUUACCUCUCAAUUGCAUAAUUGGUGAGAAAAUUUCAGAAGUGAAGUUUUGAACAGAAAUGGGGUUGAAAGGAACAGGACCUUUUUCCCAGUAUUUUUUCUUCAAUUAAUCUUGUGGUAUCAGAAGGUUCAAUGGGUCAUCAUCAUCCAAUUUUGGUAGUGGGCAGUUUUUUUUUUUCUUAUGUAUAUAUGGUUUACACCCUCCAUAUUUAUACCAACCCCAGUCACCACCAGUGAGUUUUGUAUUGUAUACCCUUCAUCUCAAGUCUUAACCCAAUUUGAUUGCAAAUGGAAAAAUCACUGAGAUAUUUGUUUAGUUUUUUUCCCCUGGAGCCACUAUUAUUUGUGGGAUCCAGGUUUGUCAAUAAUUUCAAUGUGUAGAUAACUAAACACACUGUUUUGUGUGUUGUUCCAACACAUCUGCCGGUUCAUUCCAUGUAUUAACUUCUAAUGACAGUUGAGUUUAGUAAGGAAGCAAGUAAAUCUUGACUAUAGAGUCGAAUAAGAGGCUAUGGGGUUAUGUGUUACUCUUUGCUGUAAGCUUCUUUAAUUGAUAUGUACAAAGUUUUAUUAAAAUUUAAA